CAAACACCUUUGGCUCAGAGGCAUCAUUUGUCUUAUAUUUCUCUUAAUGUCCUCCACUUUCAGUCAAAGAUGAGAACAUGAUGGAGACUGGGGAUGCAGAUGAAGAAUUUCAGUUUCUACGACUAGGAGAUGAAGUAGUUUUGCAGAGUACUUUCUCCUGUAACUCAGAACCUGUGAAGCUGUGUCUUUCAGCUGAAGGCUUUGGUAGCAGACGCUGUUCUCUUGAGGCAACUUCUAACUCUAAGAAUGUUCCUCCCGAUGUGUCCCUGUGUGGCUUUGUGCUGUCUCAGUGUCUAUCUGUCCGGGCUCUGCAAGAGAUGCUGGCCCACACUGAGCAAAUAUCAAAAAAGAUGGGUGCCGAUGGGAGCCAUCGCACACUUCUGUACGGACAAGCUGUGUUAUUCCUUCAUUCAUACAGUGGCAUGUAUUUGAGCUGCAUGUUUUCAUCUCAAUCUUCAGCAGAUAAGCUGGCAUUUGAUGUUGGUCUCCAAGAUAAUAAAACAGAUGAAACAUGUUGGUGGAUAGUGCAGCCUGCAUCUAGACAAAGAUCAGAUGGUGAGAAGGUCCGUGUUGGAGAUGAUGUUAUAUUAGUUAACAUCUCAUCAGAAAGGUAUUUGCAUCUGUCCACUGGUGCAGUUUCUGACAACAUUGUGGUGUCUGUAGCUUUCCAGCACAGUCUCUGGCGUCUUGGUCCGAUCUGCUCUGGUGGAGAUGUUGCUCAAGGAUUUUUAAGAGGAGGAGACACACUCCGGCUGCUGCACAGCCACAGUGAUGCAUGUUUGACUGUUUCCUCUGGAGAGCGUGCAGAGGACUUCCAGAGGGAAUUAUAUUAUGAGACUGGACGAGCCUCUAAUCGUGCUUGCUCUCUUUGGAGAGUAGAAAUUCUUCAAGUUGUAUGGAGUGGUAGUCAUACACACUGGGCACAACCCUUCCGACUGUGCCACUUGACCACUGGGCGAUACCUGGGUUUUACUGCAGAGAAUGGUCUCCAUUUGAUCAACAGAGACAAUGCUGACAUCAAAACAACAGCUUUUUGCUUCAGACCUACAAAGGAAAAACUUGAGCCUUUUCCAAACACAGUUGUCAGUGGCAUGGGAACAGCAGAGAUCAAGUAUGGUGACUCGACUUGCUUUAUUCAGCAUGUGUAUUCAGGACUGUGGCUAACAUACAGCUCUGAUGCUAAGUCAACUGGGUCACUGAGUGGUCAUCGUAAGGCUAUCUUACACAGUGAGGGCCACAUGGAUGAUGGUCUAACACUGUCUCGAUCUCAGAAUGAGGACUCCUAUACUGCAAGACUCAUACGUAGCACUGCUUUGCUUUUCACCUGCCUCAAUAAGAAACUAGACAGUCAACGCGGAAACCCAUCCUCUGAUAUUUUUCCAAUGAAGACAGUGAUGUUCAGUGUUCUGGAUCUACUUGAGUUUUUCAAAUCACCACCUGACGAGUUAGACAUCGAAGUUAAACAGAAAAUUCUGAUCGAGUUAAGAAAACGUCAGAAAAUGUUCCAAGAAGAGGGGAUAAUAGACCUAGUGGUUGAAUGUAUUGACCAUUUGCAUCAGUACAGUGAUGUGUUCUGUGAUGCUGAGGCCAUGCAGAGUGAGGGCCUUAAACAGUGGGAAGAGAUCAUUAAGUCUUUUUAUAAAAUACUUGCUGCAUUGAUUAGAGGAAAUCGCUCCAACUGUACACAAUUCUCAGUCUCUCUUGAAUGGCUAGUGAGCAAAUUAGAACGCCAUGAAGCCUCCUCUGGAGUUUUGGAGGUUCUUCACUUUAUUCUUCUUGAAAGUCCUGAAGCUGUCAACAUAAUAAAAGAGGAGCACAUUCAGUCCAUUGUCUAUUUUCUGGACAAACACGGAUACAACCACAAGGUGUUGGAAGUGCUCUGCUCUCUGUGUGUGUGCCAUGGUACUGCAGUGCGCUCCAAUCAGAACCUUAUCUCUGACAGCCUGCUGCCAUACAGAGACCUGCUGCUCCAAACUCGUAUGGUUAAUCAGGUCAUCAGUAUAAGACCAAACAUUUUUCUGUCAAUGGAAGACAACUCUGCCCAGCAUCGGAAGUGGUACUAUGAGGUGAUUAUUGAUCAUGCUGACCACUUUGUCACACCUGAGCCCACUCACCUGCGGGUGGGUUGGGCUUCCACUCACACUUAUAAACCCAGGCCUUCAGGAGGGGACGGCUGGGGAUGCAACGGGGUUGGAGAUGACCUCAGCUCCUUUGGUUUUGAUGGACUGCACUUAUGGUCAGGUUCAGUUGGACGCAGGGUAAACUCCCUUUUUCCUCAUUUGCUCAAAGACAAUGAUGUAGUCAGCUGUUGUGUGGACCUCAGUGCUCCUUGCAUCUCUUUCCGAGUCAAUGGUCUGCCUGUUCAGGGGAUGCUGGAGAACUUCCAUACGGAUGGGUUUCUUUUUCCUGUGGUUAGUCUCUCAGCAGGAGUCAGGAUUCGUUUUUUGUUUGGGGGGAAACACGGAGAGUUCAAGUUCCUGCCUCCACCUGGUUUUGCUCCAUGUUGUGAAGCUCUUCUUCCAAAAAACAAGUUAAAGGUGGAACCAUUCCCAAUGUAUAUUUUGGACAAUGAAGACGGGAAGCAGCUCAUUGGCCCGACUGAAUUUUGUGAACCCGUUAUUUUUAUUCCAAACCCAGUUGACAUCAGUAAGACUAUACUGCCCCUUCAACUUGAAAACAUCAGAAGAAAAAUGGCAGAACAUUUCCAUGAACUUUGGGUCUUGGACCAGAUUGAACGUGGAUGGACAUCUGGAACUGUAAAAGAUGAGGAGAAAAAGACUGAUCCUUGUCUGGUUCAGUUUUGUAAUCUCACAGAACUGGAACAAAACCAAAUAAUUCAAAUGGCAGAGGAUACCUUGAAAACUAUCCUUGCCCUUGGUUUUCAUAUUGGAUUGUCUGAUGAGAAGGCUGAGGAAAGACUAAAAUACAUUUCUUUGUCAUCCCAAUUUGAAUUGCCAAGUGGUUACAUACCUGCUCCUUUAGACCUGAGUGGUGUUUUACUCAGUCCAACUCUUGAAAAGUUGGUGGAUUUUUUGGCUGAAAAUGAGCACAAUGUUUGGGCCAAAGAACACAUCAAGCAAGGGUGGACCUAUGGAGCUCAACAGGAUGUGAAAGCCAAGCGAAGCCCGUACCUUGUGCCCUACAACCAGCUUGAUCAAAGACGAAGAAGAGUGGGGAGGGAGGGGGUCAGAGAUGCCGUCAGUACCCUGCUGGUUUAUGGAUACAGCCUGGAGUCCUUUAAGAAGGAAUGGGUUUCAUUAUCAACUCCAUGUCUUGUUUCUACUGAGAAGUACCGGGUGUUCAGACCAGAUAAGUCAUAUGCUGUGACUGAGGGGAAGUGGUACUUUGAAUUUGAAAUACUGACGGCUGGAAAUAUGAGAGUGGGCUGGGCCAGGCCUGGCUGUGCUCCAGACAGAGAACUUGGCUCAGAUGACCAGGCUUUUGUGUUCAGUGGAGUCGAGGCCCAGUGGUACCACCAGGGUGGAGUAGCACUUGGGACAUUACCUUGGCAGAAAGGUGAUGUGGUGGGCUGCAUGUUGGACUUAUCUGAACGCACUAUAAAAGUCGCUCUAAAUGGAGAUCUACUGUUUAACCGAAAGGGUUCUGAGCUGCUUUCCAAAGACUUUCCCAUCAAUGAUGGCCUUUUACCUGUUGUUGAUCUUGGAGUGAACCAGAUGGGAAAGCUUAACUUGGGUUCUGAGCCGGACUCUUUGCAGUAUUUUUCUGUGUGUGGCUUGCAGGAGGGUUACAAGCCAUUUGCUGUUGACAUGGCCAGAGAUCCUUCUUUAUGGUUAACUUGGUGGCAGCCUCAGUUUGCUUCUAUAAAACCUGACAACCCAAAUUUAGUAAUCAGAAGAAUGAGUAGCUUGAAGGAUUCUGUGCCGAGUUUAAGAGUCUCUCAGCGCUCAUAUUCCCAUCAGAGUGGCACCAAGGAGAUGUGUUUUUAUCGUCUAAACAUGUCCGUUGAAUGUGCCAUGAUCCUCAGCAGCCCAGUUCGAACAAUACCUCCUGUAGCCCCCAGCUCCUUAUCACCAGCAAGAAAAGAGCAGGAGGAGGUGGAUUCUGACUUUGAAGUGCUGAUGAAAUCAGCUCACAAUUUUACUGGUUCAAGAGAUGAGCUCAAUCACCACAAGGAUCACAGCCAAGACAAAACAUCAAAGCUGAAACAAAAGUUCAUGCUGAAGAGGACUAAACCAGGUUUAGUCAGCAGUAAUUCAUCACCAAGGCUUUUAGAGGAUGUGUUAGCUGACAAAGACAACAUGAAUCAUCUUGUCCAGACCUCUAAAUAUUACUAUUCAGUACGGGUUCUUCCAGGCCAAGCACCCUCCAAUGUGUGGGUUGGCUGGGUCACAGCUGACUUUCAUCAAAGUAGCACAGUGUUCGAUAUUGACAAGGUUCACACUGUUACUGUAACUCUUGGUGAUGAUACUGGGAAGGUCCAGGAAAGUGCCAAGCGCUGUAACUGUUACAUGGUUUGUGCUGGAGAGGCCACUGGUCUGUCUCAAAGUCGCAGAAGCACAGGUUUGGAAAUCGGCUGUUUAGUUGAUACAGCCUCUGGGCUUCUCACAUUUACCUCCAGUGGAGUUGAAAUGACAACAUUCUAUCAAGUAGAAGCAAGUACAAAGCUAUUCCCUGCUGUAUUUGUCAAGCCAACAACAAACAACAUGUUUCAGUUUGAACUGGGUAGUAUUAAGAACGUUAUGCCCCUAUCAGCUGGUUUGUUUCGCAGCCUCACGAGGGACACAACUCCUCAAUGCCCUGAUAGGUUACAAGUCCAACAUCUUUGUCAAGUUACCUGGUCCCGUGUUCCUGACAAUACACUGAAAGUGCUGGUAGAUCUGAAAGAAAACUGCCAUGGUUGGGUAGUACAAUGCACAGAGUCCAGCCAAAUCAUGUCAAUUCAGAUCCCAGAUGAAAACAGGUGCAUUGACAUUUUGGAGCUGACUGAAUAUGAUGAGCUGCUGAUAUUUCACUACCACACCAUGCUCCUCUACUCCUCUCUGUGUGCUCUGGGGAACACCAGAAUUUGCCAUGCCCUUUGUAGCCAAGUGGACCAGUUCCAGAUGUUUUAUGCCCUACAGAAUUCCAGUCUCCCAGGACUUCUGCGCUCAGCUUUUUACCAGUUGCUUAUUCAGGUUCAUCUUAGUUGCCACAGCUCUGCAUGUCUAAUGAUGAAACAGGAAUAUAUUGUUCCUAUGAUGGACCUGCCCUGUGCUACCUCUCUUAAUCCCAACACUGUGAAUGGCAGCUAUAUUCCAAGCACACUGGCUUCUACACUUAAACCACACAUGUGUUUUUCUACUCCUGUCUUUGUGAGGGCUUGUGAGGAAAGAAGUGCUGAAAGCGAAGCAGGAAAAGUUUGUGUUGACUCCCCUGAAAUCCCUUUAGAGCGACUAAAGAAUCUUACUGUGGAAAUGCUCACUGCAGCUGUGAGGGCUGUUGAUCAGGGUCUGAGAGAUCCUGCAGGGGGCAGCGUGGAGCUGCUGCUGGUUCCUCUGAUUCGACUGUUUUACACUGAGCUUGUGAUGGGAGUAUUUGAGGAUGCCGACUUGAAGCAAGUUCUCAUUCUAUUUUUACCGCAAGCCUUUUCUGAUGAAGAGGAACUCCCAAACCAAAAAGAUAACAACGAACAGUUUUUGGAAAAUGAUCAAAAUAGUUUUUAUAAUUUAGGGUUGCUUCACAUGACACUCCCAGAAGCUGUUAAAUUUGAGCUUUGUCAGGUCCUGUCUUUCCUGUGUGACUGUCAAGUGCGACACAGGGUUGAAGCAGUAGUUGCUUUUUCAAGCACUUUUGUCGAGCAGCUUCAAGAAAACCAAAGAUUUCGAUAUAAUGAAGUUAUGCAGGCCCUCAACAUGUCUGCUGCUCUCACUGCUCGCAAAACAAAGGAAUUCCGAUCCCCUCCACAAGAACAGAUAAACAUGCUGAUAGACUUUAAAGAGACAGAUAAGAAAUGCGAGGAUUGUCCAUGUCCAGAAGAAGUUCAGAAGCUUCUGAAAGAAUUCCACUAUCUACUAAAGCAGCACUGUGACCCUAAAUUAGACAGAGGCUUUGAAGAUGAGGACAAUGAGGAGAUGUCUAUAAAAGAUCAACUUAGUGGUUUGAUAUUUCAAGCCUGUGCAGUGAGAAAGUUGUCUAUAGAUGAAAAGCAUUGUAAUGCCACUGUCCAAAGCCCCAUGUCCUUUGUCGAGCUCAUCUCCAAGACAAUGAUGAUUUGGGCAUCGGAAGCUAAAAUAGAUGACCCUGGUUUGGUGAAGGCCAUUUUCUCCUUGUUGCAUCGACAGUAUCAAGGUCUCUGUGGCCAAAUGGGAGAAGCCCUUUAUAAAGCUUACACAAUAAGCCAAGCAUCAACGGAGGACACCAGAGCCCUUCUCACCUCUCUGUGCCAAAUACGCUCUCUGCUUAGAGUGCGUAUGGGCAAGCAGGAGGAGAAACUGAUGACUGAUAAACUGGGAGAGAUCAUAAACAACAAAGUUUUCUACCAGCAUCCAAAUUUGAUGAGAGCUUUGGGAAUGCAUGAAACUGUAAUGGAGGUGAUGGUAAAUGUUUUGGGAGAAGGCAGAACAAAUGAGAUCAUGUUUCCAAAAAUGGUGGCUAGCUGUUGUCGUUUCCUCUGCUAUUUUUGUCGCAUCAGUCGCCAGAAUCAAGGAGCGCUGUUCGACCACCUGAGCUACCUGCUGGAACACAGUCGGGUUGGACUGGCUUCACCAUCAAUGCGAGGAGCCACUCCUUUAGAUGUAGCAGCCGCCUCUGUAAUGGACAACUAUGAACUAGCAUUAUCAUUACAAGAAUGUGAACUACAAAAGGUGGUUAAAUAUCUUGCAGACUGUGGUGUCCAGAGUUGUCCAAUGCUCGUUGCUAACGGCUACCCUGACAUUGCAUGGAACCCUGUGGAGGGCGAGCGAUACUUGGAUUUUCUACGUUUUACUGUAUUUUGUAAUGGUGAAAGUGUGGAGGAAAACGCAUAUAUCAUCUUAAAGCUGCUCAUUCACCAGCCUGAAUGCUUUGGGCCUGCUCUCCGUGGUGAAGGGGGACAGGGGCUUCUCUCAGCCAUGGAGGAAGCCAUCAGGGUCUCUCAAGACGUGUCUAUGGAUGGACCUUAUGCAGCCAACCAGUCUAGCAAGAAAUUUUAUAUUCAGGACUUGGAGGAUGACCUCAUUCACAUGGGACAUGCUAUAAUGACCUUCUACUCAUCCCUUAUAGACCUCCUGGGCCGAUGUGCUCCUGAGAUCCAUCUGAUUCAAGCUGGAAAAGGAGAGGCCAUUCGUAUCCGGGCCAUAUUAAGAUCACUCAUUCCAGUUCAGGAUCUUGAGGGAGUCAUUAGUUUGCCGUUUCAAAUGCCUUCAAUAUCUAAAGAUGGCGAAGUGGAAGAGCCUGACUUGUCGGCAGUAUUCUGUCCAGAUCACAAGGCCUCCAUGGUUCUGUUCGUGGACCGGGUUUAUGGCAUUGAGACUCAGGUUUUUCUCCUGCACUUACUAGAGUUUGGGUUUUUGCCUGAUCUGCAAGCUGCUGUUUCACUUGACACUAAUGACUUUGGAUCCACUGACAUGGCCCUGGCACUAAAUAGAUACAUAGCCUCUGCCAUGCUUCCUAUGCUUACCAAAUGCUCAGCUCUUCUAUGUGAUUCGGAGGAACAUGCUGCACUCCUAAACUCCUUUAUUCUAGCUGUGUACAGCUUUUCCAAGGCUGCAAGCUUGACCAAAGCUCAGAGAGACACUACUGAACAAUGUUUGUUGUCAAUAUGCAGUAAGCUCACACCAGUUCUAAUGCAGCCACUUCUGCAGCAACUCAUAAUUGACAUUGGUCAUCUCUCAGAACACAGCAAACUAGAGCUGAAGUUGCUGACUGGACACUACGAGCAGCAGUGGAAAUAUUACUUACAUACACGUGGAUUGGACAAAGACUUGUCUUCUGAGGAGGAGGGACACAUGUCCAGAAAGUUGUUCUGGACUGUUUUUAAUGUCUUGGAGAAAAUGUCUUAUGAACCACAGUUAUAUAAGCUUGGCGCUCAGUGCCUUACAACAGUUGCUAGGAGCUUGCCUCCAGACUAUAUGAAUCCCAGUUACCUGAUAGACGGAAAAGCCACAAUGGACACAGAUGAAAACUUUGACCCCCAGCCUCUAGAUACCUCAAAUGUAUCUGUGCCAGAGCGCCUGGAGUCUGUUCUCAAUAAGUUUGCAGAACAUUCACAUGAGAAGUGGUCUCUAGAGAUGUUUACAGCAGGCUGGGUGCAUGGGGAGCAGUUGUGUGAAAAUACCAAAGUUCAUCCUCUUCUGAAACCAUAUAGAACUCUAGCUGAAAAGGAUAAAGAAGCAUAUCGGUGCUCAAUAAAGGAAACACUAAAGGUGAUGUUGGCUUUUGGCUGGACUAUAGACAGAACUAAAGGAGGAGAUGUAUUUGGAAAGCGAACAUGCACUCGUAGGAUUUCUCAAUCUCAGUUGUCCUUUGAAGGUGCAUCAACGUUUAGCCCAAAGCCCAUGGAUAUGAGCAGCAUCACCUUGUCUUGGGAUCAGUGCGCAAUGGCAGAACAACUGUCAGAAAACAACUACAACGUCUGGGCCAAGAAAAAGAAAUUGCAGUUUCAAGGAAAAGGAGGCCGCUCUACACUUGUCCCGUACAAUAUGUUGUCUAUCAAAGAGAAGACUCGAUUCAGAGAAAGAGCUCAGGAUGUCCUUAAGUUCUUACUGUUAAAUGGUUACACAGUAUGGAGAGAGAAAAGGACAACAGACACACAUUUUCCAGCUACAGCCAAUUGUUUCGGCUUCUCUCUUCUUCAGCAUUUUGUUUAUCUCAUUGAUGUUGCUCAAGAGAAUAUUUUGGAGCUGGAGGUAAUGCACGUCAGAGGACACAUGGCUAAGGGAGACAAAGCCUCACAUCUCCAGACAAUACAUUUUUUCCCCAAGGUUGUUCUCCCUCUUCUUGAAGAAUAUCUGAGAGAUCAUCAUUUGUACUUCAUCUCAAGCUCUUUCUGCUCUAACACUAAUGAUUAUGCAUCAACAAAAGAAAAAGAGAUAGUUGUGAGCCUUUUCUGCAAGCUUGCUGCCCUAAUAAGACACAGAAUCACACUUUUUGGAAAUGAAGCUUUGUCAUUUACCAGCUGCCUCCAAGUGUUAGCCCAGUCUCUGGAUGUGAGGACACUGUUGCAUGGAGCCAAAGAUUUUAUCUAUGAAUCUCUGCAUUCAUUUUUGGAUGCAGCAGCAGCAGACCUGGAGAUGACAGUGGAAAACCUGCAUGUGGCCUUGGCUCCUCUCUCUCAGAACAGGAGUCAGUCGGCCAGAGGAGUGGUGGGGAUUCUCAGCCACACGUCCUCAGUGCUGUUACCUGCUCUCACUUCUCUCUUUAAGCAUCUUGGCAACAGUAACAUUGGCUCUGAUAUUUUAGUGGGGAGUAUCCAGGUGUCCUGUUACAGGAUUCUCAACUCUCUUUACUCUCUUGGUACCAACAGCAGCGUUCAGAAAGAGGGGCCACAAUCAGCAGCUGGUAUGUGCCUUGCUGCCCUCUCCCAAGCCUUCCCUGUUUCGUUUCUUGAGCCAGAAUUAAACCAAAACAAUCCAUUUUCUAUCUACACAACCAUGAGUGUAACUGAAAUACAAGAGCUGGGGCUGCCUGAGCAAGUGGCAGGGGCGUGUCCUCACUUACCUUCUUUGGGGCAGGCACUGGGAGAGGUGCGGAAGGUGGUGAAGUCGGGAGCAGCUGCCCACCAGGCUCACUACAUCCAUGUGACAGAGGUGCUCCUGCCCAUGUUAUGCAGCUACAUGUCUCACUGGAGCCAACCACACAUGUCCGACUUCUCCUCUGUCACUCCUGCACUCGUUAGUGACCUGCUCGGCCACAUCCUUUGCAUCAUCCACAACCAUGUGGGGGACAUUAGGGGUGACUGGAUUAAACAACUGGCAGUUUUUUCCCAGCCAAUCAUAUGCCAAGCUAGUGCACAACUUUUAAAAAUCAAUUUUGUUCCACUGAUGGACAAGUUACGUAAAAAAGCAGAAGCUCUUCUUCUUGAGGAGGAGAAGAUCAAAUCAAAAGACAAUGGACUUUGUGAAGACGAACUCCAGAUUCAAGAGAAAUUCAGUGUGCUUGUACAGGACCUUUAUUCUUUCUAUCCCAUACUGAUCCCAUAUGUGGACUCUCAUCGAGCCAGCUGGCUGACAGAACUGAAUCCUGAUGCUGAGCAGCUGUUCAGCAUGGUGGCAGAGGUCUUUAUAUUCUGGGCCAAAUCUCAUAAUUUCAAAUGGGAAGAACAAAACUAUGUUGUCCAAAAUGAAAUCAACAAUUUGGGAUUUUUGGUACAGAACAUGUCCAAGUUUGACCACGAGAACAAGAGGGCAAAGCGAAAGGGUGAUCGUUAUUGCGCACAAACGUCCCUCAUCGUGGCCUCUGUGAAGAGACUGCUCCCUAUUGGCCUCAACGUCUGUUUUUCAAAUGACCAUGACCUUAUUAAUCUGGCAAAGAAUGACUUCUCACUGAAGAACUCCAAGGAUGAGAUUCACAAACAUAUUUUUCAGUGCUUGUCAGGCCAGAAGAGGAAGUCCCCAGAGUUUCCAGUGGAAGAGCCCCUUUGCUCAGAAAGUCCAAACACACAGGGGUCUGCAUUAGAUCUACAAAGAGACUCACACAGAAUUGUUAGAGUAGCUCAAGUUCUUUAUCAUUUGGACCAGGUUGAAAAUCCUCUGCGAACCAGAAAAUCUACAUGGAUUAAGGUCUUGUCUAAACAAAGAAAGCGAGCUGUGGUGGCCUGCCUAAGAAUGAUUCCACUGUACAAUUUACCAAGGCACAAAGUUGUUAACCUGUUCCUUCAAGGAUACAAUAAGACUUGGGUUUUAACAGAGCACAACAGCAGUGAGGAGAGGCUUGUGGAAGAUUUGGCAGGGAUGGUGACAAUGCUGGAGUCCGACAGGAGAGGAAAUCACACUGAACACUGUGUCGCACCAGCUGACCCCCUGCAACAACUCAUAACACUCUUCAGUCAAAGUGCCCAGACAGACAGAGAUGACAGCCUUUGCAAGUCUUAUUUUGCUAUAAUGGCUCAGAGUUGUCAGACAGCACAGGAUGAUGAUGGAGAGCAGUCAAGGCAAAGUUUUGAAGAAAAAGAGAUGGAAAAGCAGAAAUUACUUUAUCAGCAGGCACAGUUGCAUCACCGUGGUGCUUCAGAGAUGGUCUUGCAAACCAUCAGUGCAAGCAAAGGAGUUGGCUCUCUGAUUGCCCUCACACUGAAGCUGGGAAUUGCUCUACUUAAUGGAGGAAAUGCUGAUGUACAACAGAGAAUGCUUGAAUAUUUGAAAGCAAAAAAAGACGUUGAUUUCUUCCAGAGUAUGGCUCGACUCAUGUGCACAUGCAGUGUUCUGGAUCUGAAUGCUUUUGAGAGGCAGAACAAGGCAGAAGGACUAAACAUGGCGAUGGACGAGCACUCAGUGGGGAUUGCAAUACCUGACAAUGAGCUGACCUGUGACCUCUUCCGUUUCCUCCAGCUGUUAUGUGAAGGGCAUAACUCAGAUUUUCAGAAUUACCUAAGAACACAGACAGGAAACAACACGACUGUCAACAUCAUUAUAUCAACUGUGGAUUAUUUACUGCGAGUACAGGAGUCAAUCAGUGACUUUUACUGGUACUAUUCUGGAAAAGAUGUGAUUGAUGUACAAGGCCAGUACAGCUUCUCACAUGCAAUAAAGGUGGCUAAGCAGGUCUUUAAUACGCUCACUGAAUACAUACAGGGUCCAUGCAGUAGCAACCAGCAGAGCCUGGCUCACAGUCGCCUCUGGGACGCUAUUGUCGGUUUUCUUCAUGUUUUUGCACACAUGCAGAUGAAGCUAUCACAGGAUUCAAGGCAAAUUGAACUUUUAAAAGAAUUCAUGGAUUUACAAAAGGAUAUGGUUGUAUUUUUGCUUUCAAUGCUUGAAGGAAAUGUGGUCAAUGGAACAACUGGGAAGCAGAUGGUUGAUAUGUUGGUGGAGUCAUCCACCAGUGUGGAAAUGAUCCUCAAGUUCUUUGUCAUGUUCCUCAAACUUAAAGACUUCACAACUUCAGCUGGAUUCAGGGAACAUGAUCCUGAGAAUAGGGGCUGCAUCUCUAGGAAGGACUUUCAGAGAGCCAUGGAAACCUGCAACCGCUUCUCUCAUGAGGAAACCCAGUUUGUCCUCUCUUGUAUCGAGACAGAUGAGAAUGAAAUCCUUGAUUAUGAGAUAUUUGUGGAUCGCUUCCAACCAGCCGAAGACAUUGGGUUCAGCAUUUCUGUUCUCUUAACUAACUUGUCUGAGCACAUGCCUUUUGAUGCUAGACUUGGUGCAUUUUUGGAGCUAGCAGAAUGUGUCCUUGGAUAUUUUCAGCCAUACUUAGGACGCAUUGAGAUUGUAGGCAGUGGAAAGCGCGUUGAACGUGUCUACUUUGAAAUAAGUGAAUCCAGCCGCUUACAGUGGGACAAACCUCAAGUGAAAGAGUCCAAAAGGCAGUUCAUUUUUGAUGUGGUCAAUGAAAGUAGAGACAAAGAGAAAAUGGAGAUGUUUGUCAAUUUCUGUGAAGACACCAUCUUUGAAAUGCAACUUGCAUCAAAUAUUUCUUCUGAGGCUGAGGAGAGAAAUUCUGGAAAAAAUGUACCAGAAACUGAAGAAGAGUCCGUUGACAGUGACAGCUCAUUUUUUGCUUUUCAGUGGGUGGUCCUGCUCUUGUCUUCAUUGUCAGUCAAGAAUCUCAGAAUAUUAAUGAAAAUGACCCCUACAGAUAUCUUCAAAUCUAUUGUCAAUAUUGUACACCACAUUUUCUUAGCACUAUGGCAGUGUUUGUAUACUGCAGUCUUUAGUGUGUUGUACUUACUUUAUGUGGUGUUCAUUAGCGGUGGACUCAUAGAAGCAGCCAAAACUAUGAGUGUGUCUGAAUUACUUGGUGGUAUUGUGGAGCCAACUAUUGAUGAAGUUAUGGAUGUAUCCGAGAAUGUGGACAAACAAUCUCAUUUGGACCAAAGCUCUGUUCGGAACGAGCCGAUGGAGACUGGACACGUGACCUGCUCUAGACCUGUGCAUGUAGUGUCAGAUAUAUUCGGAUUACAGGUGAAGAAGGAAGGAGAUCUGUACAGGCUUAUGGCUCCAGAGGGCAACACCAGUGUUACUGAUCUAUUUACUUCAUCCACACGAGGAACAGCCUCCAAGAAACGUCAACCAAAGAAACCUGAAUAUACAGAUGUUUCUAAAUCACCUGACUUUGAAAGAGUGAAGGAGGUUGCAAAGAAGGAUUUGAAUGUAGUGCCUCAACGCUGUUCCACUAAGACAGAGGAAGGAGUGAAGCAGCAUUCUGAGCUGUGGGACACAAUAAGCACUUACAACAAGAGUGUGCUGAAUUACUUUGCACGGAAUUAUUACAAUAUCCGCCUUCUUGCUCUGUUCAUUACCUUUGCAAUAAACUUCAUCCUUCUCUUCUAUAAGGUAACACCACUGCCUCGACCACAUGAUAUCAACAUAGAAGAGAAAGAGCUUGAACGUGACAAUGCGGGGCUGGUUUAUUUUGUGCUGGAGGAGAGCAGUGGCUACAUGGAGCCCUCUCUCCAUUUCCUGGCUUUGGCACAUACAUUCAUCUCAUUCUGUUGUAUUAUUGGAUACUACUGCCUUAAGGUGCCCUUGGUGAUCUUCAAGCGUGAGAAAGAAGUGGCUCGCAGACUGGAGUUCGAUGGGUUGUAUGUGACAGAGCAGCCACCUGACGAGGACAUCAAAGGACAGUGGGACAGGCUGGUCAUUAACACGCCAUCAUACCCAAGUAACUACUGGGAUAAGUUUGUCAAGAGGAAGGUAGUGGAAAAAUAUGGAGCGUUAUAUGGCUGUGAGAAGAUCAGUGAACUUCUAGGACUGGACAAGGCUUCUUUAGACUUCAGCUCCCAAAGGAAAGAAAAGAAGCACAAAAGAGCAGCUUUGGGAUCUUUAUUUUCCUCCUUUGACAUCAUGUAUCAAAUUUGGAAACUUGGGGUCAUUCUAACAGACAGAUCCUUUUUGUAUCUGAGCUGGUACAUGGUCAUGUCUGUUCUGGGUCACUACAACAACUUCUUUUUUGCCGUUCACCUUUUGGACGUCGCUAUGGGCUUUAAGACUCUCCGCACCAUCCUCUCGUCUGUCACACACAAUGGAAAGCAGUUGGUCCUGACGGUGGGCCUGCUGGCAGUAGUGGUCUAUCUCUACACUGUUGUGGCAUUCAACUUUUUUAGGAAGUUUUACAACAAGAGUGAGGACGAGGAGCGUCAGGACAUGAAGUGCAAUGACAUGCUACAUUGCUACAUGUUCCACAUGUAUGUGGGGGUGCGGGCAGGAGGCGGGAUUGGAGAUGAGAUUGAGGACCCGGCUGGAGAUGAAUUUGAGGUGGAGCGCAUCAUCUUUGACAUCACCUUUUUCUUCUUUGUCAUAGUUAUUCUGCUCGCUAUUAUCCAGGGUUUAAUAAUUGAUGCCUUUGGUGAACUUCGUGACCAACAGGAGCAAGUCAAAGAGGAUAUGGAGACCAAGUGCUUCAUUUGUGGAAUUGGAAGUGAAUACUUUGAUACAAUUCCUCAUGGCUUUGAGACCCACACUCUACAAGAUCAUAAUUUGGCCAACUAUCUAUUUUUCCUGAGGUACCUCAUAAACAAGGAUGAAACCGAGUACACGGGACAGGAAUCCUAUGUCUGGAAAAUGUACCAGGAGCGGAGCUGGGAAUUCUUUCCUGUGGGAGACUGUUUCCGUAAGCAAUACGAGGAUCAGCUGGGAUGAAAGAAAUCGGAGAGACCUUGAGAUACUCGAUAAGGUCCUCGAACAUGAGUCAACACAAGUCGAUUGAUGGAGACGGUGAACUGUCUACACCACAUACAUAUAUUAUUUAUUAGAUUUCAUCAAACGGAAUACAUUACGGGAUUUCACUUUUACUCAGAGAUGCUAUAACUGUUCCGUUAUUUUUGUUGUACACCACGCUAGUUAGUUAAGUUAUCUUAUUUAUUUAUUUAUCACAUUUGUUUGGUUCACAUUUUUAUUGGACAUAUCUUACACACAUUGUUUAGCUGUCUUAUAGUGUAUCUUCAUCAAAAACAUAUCUGGAGUUGUGUUUUGUUUCAUUUACAUAUUUAAAACACAAAUCCUAUAUGUCUAGGCUGUCUAUCCAUCCAUUUUCUUCCACUUAUCCGGGACCCUGCUUAGACUGUGGAGGCAGCAGUCUAAGCAGGGACUCUCAAACUUCCUUCACCCCAGACACAUCCUCCAGCUCCUCUGUGGGGACCCAGAGGCAUUCCCAGGCUAGCCGAGAGACAUAGUCCCUCCAGAGUGUCCUGGGUUUUCCCUGGGGCCUCCUCCCGGUGGGACAUGUCCGGAACACCACCCCUCGGGAGGUGUUUAGGCUGUGUUCUCUCAAAUUAGAAACUGUCUCUUCCACCUUAUGAUGUGAUUCAGAGGUGACACAGGAAGUGCUCCUCUGUGUGCUCCAUACACCUUCACUAGAAUCAUUCUGGAAUUUUCUAUCUGUACAAAACAAAAGGCAAAAGGUAUAGCUGACUGUUUUAUGACAUCAGAAGGUGGAUGUAGAGAGACUAUAAUAAAGGAUUACUCAAAAAUGUGUGAAUGAAACAAAACACAACACCAGGUAUGUUUUUGAGGACCCAACAACAUUAUAACAUGGCUUAAAAAAACACAAGUCAGUUUUGCUUAAUA